AUGGACGGCGAGAAGCAAGAAGGGGCUUUACUCGGGGUGCCACCCCUGCAGCCGACUCGCGCAACUUCAAGGUCGCCCUCUCCGACAGACUCGCUGGUGACCGUGCGGGGUGUCUCACCGGCAGGCACCACGCGGUCUCACGCUACUGUAGGACAGCUGUCCACGGAACUGGCGCUCAAAGUUAGGGCGCAGAUGAAUCGGUUGACAUUACUCCAGGAGAGGCAAGCACGUCUGCCAACGAUGACAUCACUCGAGCAGGUACUGGAGCUUAAGAGCAACGUGGAUGACACCCUUAAGGUGUUUCUCAAGGAGCAUGCAUACUUUGAAGCAGGAUGGCCUGCCUCGUGUCUGGAUCACGCAUAUUUUGCUGACAAUAUCUUCCUGGAGGCUCAGCGAGUGGCCUCAUUUCUCAAAGAAGAAAUAGCCAAGGCUAAAGGCUCACUGCUGGCUCAGCCGUCCUGCUCGUCGACCGGCUCAACACCUGUCACCCAUACAAAGCUACCUGACAUAACAUUGCCAGAAUUUAGUGGCAACUAUCCAGAAUGGCCCACGUUCAGGGACCUGUUCAAGAGUCUCAUCUUGGAAAACGCUCGACUAUCCGACGUAGAGAGACUUCACUAUUUGAGAGGCUGUCUCAAGGGAGCACCGGAGCGGCUCGUCAUCGGAUUCCCGCUCACGGCACAAUCAUUGAGUUUGGCGUGGGACUUGUUAUCAUCGCGAUAUGAUAAUAAGCGAUUGAUAAUUCAAGCGCACUUGGAUCAGAUUUCCUCCGUCACCGCUGCGCACAAAACUGCGGCGUCGCUCAGCAAGCUCAUCAGUACGGUGUCGGAUGCGAAAAAGGCGCUGCUCAAUAUGAAUGUGGAGGCGACGCUCGGAGACCAUCUAUUAGUAUACCAUGUUUCCAAGCGGCUUGAUCCAGAUACUCGAGAGGCGUGGGAGAUCUCGUUGGGUGCAUCGCAAGAGUAUCCAUCGUUUCAAAAGCUCCACACAUUCCUAACGGCUCGAAUACGGGCGCUCGAGAGACUUGAGCCCGCUCAAAAACGGACUGCUCACCAGGCAACAAAGGAAUCAAAGACUCCCGCAACGUCGAAAACCACGGCCUUCGCUCAGAGUUCCACAGCUCAUCCAUGCGACCAGUGUCAGGGUGAGCAUUACAUCAUUGGGUGCGAACAGUUUAGGAAAUUGACGCCCACAGCGAGAAAGGCAGUAGCUGAGAAGAAGCGUUUGUGCUUCAAUUGCUUGGGUCGGCAUAACGCGAAAGAAGGUGGUGCAGUUGUCAACAUCGGCGCAACUCACACUCACGUCAAGGCAUCCCUUCUGGGAACUGCCAUUGCACAGGCGGUAACAUCGGUGACAGCACAUUCAGUCAGAUUACUCGUGGAUUCAGGCUCAGAAUUAACAUUUGUAUCGGAACAGCUCACACGUCAGCUCAACAUUCCUCGGCAGUCCUCAUCAGUCACCAUCAAUGGCAUUGGAGGAGCAAAAGCAACGCAGACUCUCGGUCUUGUCCAGCUUCGACUGAAGUCCCUCCACUCUAAGGACAUCGUGACCAUUGAUGCUCAUAUUCUCAAGAAACUCACGACAUUGAUUCCAUCUGUCAAGGUCAAGCAUGGUCAUUGGAAACAUGUUAAUGAGCUGUGCCUAGCAGAUCCGGAAUACUACCGUCCUCGAACAAUCGACAUCAUUGUCGGAGCCGAUCAUUACGGCUCUAUCAUAAGGCCAAAAAUGAUAAAACGAGAUCCAAAUUCACCAGUAGCUCAACUAUCGAUCUUCGGGUGGAUUAUUCUAGGACCAAUCAAUGCAACCGACUCGUCAUCUGUGUGUGCGCAUCAAGUUGCGGCUCAUAAGGAAGACGCUCUUCAGGAACUUCUGGCGAAAUUUUGGAUUCAAGAGGAGGCGCCUGAAGAUGUUCAACCAACGCUCACAUCAGAGGAAGAGGAAUGUGAAACUUAUUUUCGGACUACUCACACAAGAGACCCAUCAGGAAGAUACGUGGUGCGGAUCCCGCUCAAAUGUUCACCAUCAGUGCUGGGGCGUUCACAACUGACUGCCUCAAGAUGUCUGCGGAGAAUCAUUCGUCGGUUGGGCAAGGAUGCUCAUUACAAUCAACUGUACACCAACUUCAUGAGGGAGUACGAGGAACUCGGGCAUAUGCGGAGAGUAAGUGGCAACGAUUCUGAUCUCGUGGAAAACCUGGCACAUGAUGCCUCGGCGUCAGGAGGGUUAAGGGACACGGGUGACGUUUCAGCCAGCUUCUCUUCCGCCCAUCCUCCGUACUAUUUGCCUCAUCAUGGAGUGUUCAAACCAGAUAGCUCAACGACGAAGCUCAGAGUCGUAUUCAAUGGCUCAAGUCCAACCUCAUCGGGAAGAUCAAUCAAUGACAUCAUGCACACAGGGGCAAAUCUAUUGCUAAAUGUAAUGGACGUGCUCACCUGGAUUCGACACCACCGCCAUAUCUUCGCCACGGACAUCACAAAAAUGUAUCGACAAAUACAAGUACACAGAGGUGACUGGAAUUUACAACGAGUGCUAUGGAUUGACGACCAGCUCAACGAGGUUCCCUUCCAUCUCACCACAGUCACCUAUGGCACGAAGGCAGCUCCGUUUCUCGCCACUAGAGUCUUGCUCCAGUUGGUCGAGGAUGAAGCACAAGAGAAACUCACAAAACGCCUCGUUCUAUCGGAAGUGGCUCAGAUAUUUGAUCCACUUGGCCUUGUCUCUCCGGUGGUAAUCAAGGCCAAGGUAUUACUACAAGAGCUCUGGUUACUCAAGCUCGGCUGGGAUGAGCCCUUACCAGCGUCAAUUGGCUCAAGGUGGCUCUCAAUAAGAAAUCAACUCAACUCGCUGGCCAGCGUCUCAGUUCCACGGUGGCUAAACACAUGGAGUGACUCAGUAGUGGAACUUCAUGGAUUUUCGGACGCAUCUCAGCUCGCCAUGGGAACAGUCAUUUAUCUGACUGUAAGAUCACCGUCCACCGGCUCGUGCUCAGCAUUAGUGUGCUCUAAAACGAAAGUAGCACCGCUGAAACGACUCACAAUACCGCGGCUGGAACUCACGGCUGCACUCAUGCUCGCAAAGCUCGCAGCUCAUAUUAAAGCCACACUGAAGCUCAAGGUCAACGCAACACAUAUGUGGACGGACUCUCAAGUUACGCUCAUCUGGAUCAGAUCGCCUGCAUCUCGCUGGAGGGACUACGUUAGGAACCGAGUUACGCAAAUUCAAGAAUUGUGCACAGAUACCAUCUGGCGUCAUGUUCCUGGCAGUAUGAAUCCGGCAGACUGCGCGUCUCGAGGUGUUACCACAGACCAACUCAAGGACCAUCCGUUGUGGUGGACCGGGCCACAAUGGCUCACCAAAGAUCAAACGUCAUGGCCGACUCAACCUGAAUUGUCUUCAUCGCUCGGAAAUACAGAGGCUCGUCCGGGAGUGACGCUACUUGUUGCUGCUCCUAAGCCUACAUAUCAUUGGGACCUAGUGUUCCGAUAUUCAUCCCUAAUCAAGCUAUUAAGGAUCACUGCUAUCUGCAUGAGAAUCGCUCACAAGCUCAGACGAUCACUAAGCUCACCUCCAGCUCGCACCACAGCUCAGGACUUGGA